AUGGUCACCGUCCCCCUUGGCUUCAACAUUGACGCCCCGCGCUGGGACCAGAGCACCUUCAUAGGGCGCCUGAAGCAUUUCCUCAACAUCACUGACCCGCGGACGGUGCUGGUCCCAGAGGAGGAGCUGGACAGGGCCAAGGCCCUGGUGGAAGGCUGCAGGGCUGGGCUGGUGCCACCAGGAAAUAGCCAGGAGCAGCUGCUGUACGCCAAGAAGUUGUACGACUCAGCCUUCCACCCUGACAGUGGCGAGAAGAUGAAUCUCAUUGGGAGGAUGUCCUUCCAGGUGCCAGGGGGCAUGGCCCUCACCGGCUGCAUGCUCCAGUUCUACCGGACAGUGCCUGCCGUGGUUUUCUGGCAGUGGGUGAACCAGUCCUUCAACGCCAUCGUCAACUACACCAACCGCAAUGCUGCCUCCCCCAUCUCACUGAGGCAAAUCGGGGUGGCUUACAUCACGGCCACCGGUACAGCCCUGGCCACCGCAGUGGGCCUC